AUGGAUGGAAGUUAUUUAUCAUUUAGUCAGAAGAGAGAAAUCUUGCCUAAUAGGACAUAUAAACGAUUUUUCACAUUUAGAAUUCCUUCAAAUUUAUUGGAUUCAGAAUGCAAUGAACAUAGUUNUAAUGAACAUAGUUUAUCCAAACAUACUGAGUUACCACCUACAAUGGGUCUUUCAAGAUGGGAAAUUGCACACUACCCAGAAAGAGAAUUACAGAAGAUUAAGGAUUUUUCAAUAUUGGAUACAUCUAUAAGUUAUGGUGUAAUGGCAAGAUUCAUUGGUCGUAAAUCUACAUGGGAAGAUGAUUUCGGUAAGAUCAAUACCACUCAUUAUUCUAUCGACAAGAGAUUGAUUAAUUCCAAAGGGGAUGAAUAUAUCAUUUUGAAAGAAUUGACGAAUCAUUUCCGCGUGGUACAAAGAACUACUACUUCAACUGAUAAUGAAAGAUUAAUGAAAUUAACUGAAAAUAAACUAAUGUAUAAUAACUUAUUAACAAGAAUUAAAGAAAAGAUUACUGUCGGUAAUAAAUUAAUCGAAUCAAUUGAAUCAAAUAAAUUAGAUGAUACUAUCGGACUAAGUGAACAAAUGACAAGUGUUGAAUUAGAAUUAGCUAAACUUAAACAAUCAUAUAGACCAGGUGCUAGAGAUGUCAAGCAUGGUCUCCACAAGACUCAAGAAUUAUAUGAAGUCUUUUAUCCAUUAGUCAAAAAAUCAUUAACUGGUAGUUCCAAGGAUUUGGGUACUUUGAAAUUAUCAACCCCAAAACAAGAAUAUUGUGUAAGUUAUAUUCCUCCCCAACGUUUUAGGGAAUCUCCCAUCGAUUUAUUGUUACCAAGUUGGAAACAAUCAAUACCAAUAGAAUUACAAAUUACACCAUCGACACAAAUCCAAACAAUGACAUCCAGUGCAUUGAAGGCACCACCUCAAAUCAAGAAUGUUUCCGUUGAAUUGGUAGCAUUGACACUUCGUUCACCAAAGUUACCUAUUCCAAUUGAAUUCAAUCAUGAUUUAAUCUAUAAUAAAAAAGUAGAUAAUAAGAAAUGUUAUAUUGAUGAAGAUACUUUUUCCAAUAAUAUUAUCACCCCAUUCAAGAAAUAUUCAACCGAAUUAUAUAAUGUUGCUAAAAAAUUAGGUUAUAAUAAUUUCAAACUUGAAAAACUGUUGAUUGAAGAUAUAAAAUCUAUUUGUCAACUAGAGGAAAAGUUAAUUAAUCUAGAAGUGCAAAAGAUGACUAUUAACAAUAAGCCAUUCUCUUCAAAAUCAAUUGAAUGGGAACAAAAUUCCCAAGGUGGGUUCACGAGUAAAUUUAAUAUUGAUGUUGAUUUAGAAUCGUUGAUAUUGAAAGGUGUUAAGAGUACAACGGAUAUUAAGUCAUAUGAUCGUUUUAAUUUGGUACCUGAUUUCCAGAGUUGUUUUAUGAGUAGAUUGUAUCACAUGAAAGUGUCAAUUGCUUUGAGUAAUAGUGAAAUCAUUAGAAUAAAGGUCCCAGUUAGAAUUCAAAAGAUUAUUGAUUAG